AUGAUGAAUGGUGAUAAGUUCUUAAAGGCAUUUACACAGAGCAAUAAGGAAAACUUGACAAGGGAGCUCUUCACUAUGAAAAGUGUUGUUGUAUUUAUAUUAUAUUAUUGUAUUGCGGUUGUCUCUGCAAUUGGAUUCAAAGGUGUCAUUGAGGGUAUUCCUGAACAAGUGACUAUUGAUUUACCAAAAGACUCGAUACGUAUAGUGCCGAAUAUCGAUAAUUAUCCACAACGGUUCAAAGUAGAUCUAUACAGUCUCAAUGAUGACAAGAAACAAGCUGAUUUUAAACAGGUUACAGCUGUGGUGAGCAAAGAUUAUCAAUUCAAGUUUGAAGAUUUGGCCAUUGGGGAGUACGAGUUGGUGAUAUCUUCAUACGAUUUUACCUUUGUACACAAUAGAUAUAGAGUCAGAGUUGAUCGAGAUACUAUAACUGCUUAUCAAGACCCAUUAGGCGAAGAAACGUAUAACAUAACAUCGGCAAUCGAGGUGAGUAAGGUCAAACCACUCAAAAUUAAGUUUAAACAAGUCAAGCAGUUUUACCCAAAAACAGGUCAAUCACUUGCCGAUAUGGUGAUAAACAGCCCCUUUGGGUUUAUAUUCAAGAAUACAACAUACACAGUCAUUUUUGUCGUGUGUAUGGCAAUAAUGGCAGCACCAUACAUCUUGCAGUAUGUAAAUCCUGAAUUAGCAGCUGAGUUGAACGGGAAAGGAUUGCAAGCAAGUGAGGAAAAAGUAGUGAGAAGCAGUGCACUAGAACCACCAACUAUAGUUAAUACAGGGGAGCUGACAGCAACAAAGAAAAGUGGGUCAUCUGUGAAAAGGAGACGCUGA